CAUGCAUAUAUAUGAAGAAGCAAAGAAUGCACGUACUGCCGUACCGUUCGCAAUCAUGAGCGCCACUGGUCUUGGAUGCAUUCUUAGUUUCGCUGUUAACAUGUUUGGUCUAAAGCAUGGGUACAGAUCUAGUAUCCAUCUUUGCUAGUCCCAUAGGACAGCCGAUGGCAACCUCUGGGGACCAGGGGCACUAUCGCGUUCUGAGUAUUCAUAAUCAUGAAUUUGUAAGACUUCAUAAAGAAUUAAUUAGGAUCACUUUCAUCUGUUCUUUAGGUAUAAGUAUAGCGUCAAUGGACCUCCUCAUUUCAGCUUCCCAACAAACCUGUGUUUUCUCCCGCGACGGCGCUCUUCCCUUGUCGGCAGUCUCGUAUCAGAUAAAUUCUCACACAGGCACGCCUACGAACUGCGUCUGUGUUUGCGUCUUUAUUGCCGCCAUGUUGGGCCUUUUAUCGUUUGCAGGUUCCGCAGCAAUCGGAGCCAUCUUUACCAUGGACAUACCCAGCCGUCCGGAAUCUUCGAGAUAUCAUGCAGACCCCCAGAAAUCAAGAUGCAAGGAGCGAAGCUGGCGGCCGUGACACAGGCCACAGCCUACAGAAUAAUCGGAAAUAUCAAAAUGCAAGCGGAUACGUACCAGGACAAACUUGAUAGAAGGGACACUAACGAAAACGUAAUGUUGGCCCU